AUGUUAUAUAAUAAAAGACUUGAGGAUUAUGCUACAUUGCAGAUUUGCAAAUCAGAAAGAUUCAAUAACACUCCUCCGCGUGUUUCAUUGACCAUUGAAGAAAAUAUAUUUGGGCCUCAAUACGAAAGGGAAUCCGAAAUAUGUUCUUUGUGUAAUAAACCCGAUCCAUUAUUCAAACCUAGUAGAGCUAAUCUGGAACCAGUCGAUGAUGAUGCAAGGUUAAAUCUUCAAGAAGAAGAAGAUAGGGUUAAAAAAUUUUUUAAAGAGGAACCCACAACUCCAGAUAUGGUGUUCGUCAAAUUACACAAUAAAAUACUUGAUGCUGAGAAGAUUCUUAAAGAAAAAACACGUGAAGUAUCCCACGCAGAAUAUGAAAUUCUUGACUCACUCUAUCCUCUCAAGGAAGCAUUGGAGAAGAAAUUGGCUGAAUUUUCAUCCAUUCACCCUCUUCAAACUGCGCGAAUCUUCCUUAAUGCAGAAAUUAAGUGA